AUGUUGCUUUGCUGGAGUUAGUUAGUUAGUGCUUUAAAGAGGAGGUCGCCUUAGAUACAGCAGACAGACUUGCAUGUACCCCCAGAGAGGAAGAAGAGGCAGACUACUGCAUACCUGUUUUACACGUGGAACUAUUUACAUGUCCGAUUUUUGUUUUCACACGGAUUGUUUACGGUAAUGGUCAAAAUAAUGAGUAUUUACCUUUGUGUCUUCAUAGUUUUAGUCUUUCUAAUAUGGAUAAAACUCAUUUACCAUCGUCAGCGGCGAGCUUUGACGAAGUCGUUGAAACAUUUAUGGAGCAGAGAAACUGACUGGUCUGACAUCAGAGCUCUGGUUGUCACUGCGCAUCCGGAUGAUGAAUGUAUGUUCUUCGCGCCAACGAUUAUACGACUCGUGGAGUUGAAUGCCAGCGUUCAUUUGCUGUGUUUAUCUGAAGGAAACUACUACAAUCAAGGAGAACAACGUAAACAAGAACUUCUCAACAGCUGUGCCGUGUUGGGAAUACCGGCCUCCAGAGUCACCAUAGUCAACCAUAAAAAACUUCCAGACAACCCCAAAGCUGAAUGGAGCAUCUCUUUGGUCUCCUCUGUAAUUGUGAAGCACAUUAGUGCCCACUCCUUCAACAUGGUGCUGACCUUCGAUGGAAGAGGAGUGAGUGGCCAUGCCAAUCACGUAGCCAUCCAUAAAGCUGCGAGCCACCUUGCUUCCACUGGACAAGUACCCAACGACUGCUGUUUGCUCUCCCUGGUGACCGUCGGCCUCCUCAGGAAGUAUAUCUCCUUCCUGGAGCUCCCCCUCAGCUGGCUGCUGUCCUCAUGUCUCUGCUGCAUUAUAGGCUCACGAGGCUACAGCAAAGCCAAAGCUGCAAUGCUCUGUCAUCGCUCUCAACUCCUGUGGUUUCGGCAUCUGUACAUCACCUUCUCGCGCUACAUGUUCAUAAACACGUUCCGGGUGAUCCCACAAGGACCAAAGAACCUGAAGAUCUAUUAAAAGUUUGUUCCAUCCGGAUGCACUGAUUGUUACACUGUUAGGUGUCGAGCUGUUUACACAUCUAAUGAGCUGUUGUGCUCACAGUGAAUAAAAAUGUAUUGAGAGUGUAUUGGCUAAAGUAGCCUGAAUGCUGUCUUUCACAAGACAUCCAGAAAAGAAGAAAGAAGAAAUGUUGAAUUCCCUUUUUGCUAUAGAAAUGUCUUUAUUGUUUUCAGUCAUUACACUGUAGAAAAACACUAAGGUUGGAAACAUUUUCCAAAUUACUGUACAGUAUCUCUGAUGUACUACUGAUUAAAACAAGAUGUGAUUCUUA